AUGGCUUCUCGAUUAGCGUCGUCGGCUGCGAUUGCCCUGCGCCGUCGCCAGGACCCCAAGCUCAUGGAAAAGUUCAAUCUGGCCUCGCUGAACGGCGGCAAGAGUCCGUUCGUCGUGUCGAGCAACCGGUUGCUGAAAGUGGGCAAGAAACCGCUUGUGGACUCGAAAUCUCAAGCGCGUGCCGUGGACAAGUUGUCGGACGAGUAUUUGCUCGGCCCCCGCGAUUCCCGCCAGGCAUCGGGCAACCACCAGGGGGCGUAA